GCGCGCAUGCGCAGUGCCAUGCGCCGCUGCCCGCUCCUCGCUCGCCUCAUGGCUGCCGCCACCGGCCCCGGCGCCGCCACCGGCCCCGUGCCCAAGCGGCUCAGCUCCGAGCCCGUCCCGCGGAUCGGCACUCACGACGGCACCUUCCACUGCGACGAGGUCCUGGCCUGCUUCCUGCUGCGCCAGCUGCCCCGGUACCGGGACGCAGAGGUGGUUCGCACCAGGGACCCCCAAGUUCUGGCCCAGUGCGAGGUGGUGGUGGACGUGGGGGGGGAGUACGACCCCGAGCGGCACCGCUACGACCACCACCAGAGGUCGUUCUCGGAGUCCAUGAGCAGCCUGCAGCCUGGCAAGCCCUGGGGCACGAAGCUGAGCAGUGCUGGGCUGGUCUACUGCCACCUGGGCACGCAGGUGCUGGCACAGCUGCUGGCACAGCCCCAGCACAGCCCCACCCUCACCGCCCUCUACGACCAGCUCUACGAGGACUUCGUGCAGGAGAUCGAUGCCAUUGACAAUGGAGUGGCGGUGGGGGAGGGGCAGCCCUGCCGCGCCCUCAGCACCUCCCUGAGUGCCCGAGUUGGACGCCUCAACCCCCGCUGGAACGACCCCCGGCCCGACCCCCAGGGCUGCUUCCAGAGGGCCAUGGAGCUGGUGGGGCAGGAGUUCCUUGCCCACCUGGACUACUGCCUGCAGGCCUGGCUGCCAGCCAGGGCACUGCUGCAGGAUGCCAUCUGCAGGCGCUUCCAGGUGGAUGCCAGUGGAGUGGUGCUGGAGCUGGCACAGGGAGGCUGCCCCUGGCAGCAGCACCUCUUCAACCUGGAGCAGGAGCUGGCACUGCCCAAGCCUUUGCUCCUCAUCCUCUACCCAGACCAGAGUGGGCAGUGGAGGGUCCAGAGCGUGCCCAGGGAACCUCACUCCUUCCAGAGCAGGCUGCCCCUGCCCGAGGCCUGGCGAGGGCUGCGUGGGGAGGCCCUGGCACAGCUGGCAGGGAUCCCAGGCUGCAUCUUCGUCCAUGCCAAUGGCUUCAUCGGUGGGCACCAGAGCCGGGAGGGGGCACUGCAGAUGGCCAGGAGGACCCUGGAGCUGCAGGAGGGGGCAGAGAGUGGCUGAGAGACCUCCCCCAACAGUGCCCCCCCCCCCGAAGGGUCACUGCCAGGCAGUGCCCAGCGGGGAGGAGGUGGUGCCAGCUUCAGUGCCAGCUUCAGUGGCAGCUUCAGUGCCAGCCAAGAGACUUUUGCAUCCAUGCCCACAGGGAUUGGCACUGAGCUUAUUGUGGCUGCUGCCAGUGCCCCAACACCACCACCCCCCAGUCCAAACCAGUGCCUCCAGUAUGGCUGUGCCAAGGCACUGGGCAGCUGCUGGGAGCAGACUGGGGGGGGUUUGUCUGAUGCCAUCCCAGCUCGCUGCCAACCAAGAGACUUUGGCAUCCAUGCCCACAGGGACUGGCACCACAUUUGUUGUCUCUGCUGUCAGUUCCUCCCCCCAGUCCAAACCAGUGCCCCCAGUAUGGCUGUGCCAAGGCACUGGGCAGCUGCUGGGAGCAGACUAGGGGGGGGUUGAUGCCAUCCCAGCUUGGUGCCAACCAAGAGACUUUGGGAUCCAUGCCCACAGGGACUGGCACUGAGCUUAUUGUGGCUGCUGCCAGUGCCCCACCACCACCACCCCCCAGUCCAAACCAGUGCCCCCAGUAUGGCUGUGCCAAGGCACUGAGGGGGCUGACUGCAGGAGUUCUCUCUGGGGUGGUGCCAGCUCAGUGCCAGCCUUUUGGAUCCAUGCCCACAGGGACUGGCACCACAUUUGUUGUCUCUGCUGUUACUUCCCUACCCCAGUCCAAACCAGUGCCCCCAGUAUGGCUGUGCCAAGGCACUGGGCAGCUGCUGGGAGCAGACUAGGGGGGGUUUGUCUGAUGCCAUCCCAGCUCGGUGCCAACCAAGAGACUUUUGCAUCCAUGCCCACAGAGAUUGGCACUGAGCUUAUUGUGGCUGCUGCCAGUGCCCCACCACCCCCCCCCCAGUCCAAACCAGUGCCCCCAGUAUGGCUGUGCCAAGGCACUGGGCAGCUGCUGGGAGCAGACUGGGGGGGGGGGUUGGUUUGUCUGAUGCCAUCCCAGCUUCAGUGCCAGCCAAGAGACUUUUGCAUCCAUGCCCACAGGGACUGGCACCACAUUUGUUGUCUCUGCUGUCAAUUCCACCUCCCAGUCCAAACCAGUGCCCCCAGUAUGGCUGUGCCAAGGCACUGGGCAGCUGCUGGGAGCAGACUAGGGGGGGGGUUGAUGCCAUCCCAGCUCGGUGCCAACCAAGAGACUUUGGGAUCCAUGCCCACAGGGACUGGCAC